AUGUACAUCUUACUCAUUACUAAUCAUGGGACAAUCGUGCGAUCAAGUCUCGGUGUGCUGCAGGUCAUCGACAGGGUUGGUGUGGACCUCGAAGUACGCCUCGCCUCAAAAAUCAAGGGCAAAGGCGUUUUUGCCAGAAAGGCCAUUGCUGAGGAUAACGUAAUUUUUGAGGAGCCAGCCCUGGUCGGGGCACAGCACACGGCCAACAGGGCUGAUGCUCUGGUCUGCAGCCGCUGCUUCACCUUUAUUGGCUCGAUAGGCAUGCAGAUAGCACACCGGCUGCUGUCAAUGAGAUCUGAAGGUCUUGGCCUUCACCCAUCUUUUGCAUGCCUCUGCUCUGCCACUUUGUCCAUGGAUCUUUCUUGCCUCUGGUCCGGCGUGGCAGAGCUGCCUCACAGUGACCGCUACCCUUUGCCAAAGCUGGUGACCUGCCUGGGCGGCUGCACGGACACUGUGUACUGCAGCGAGGAGUGUGCGGCUGCCAACUGGGCCGCGCACCACCGGCUGCUGUGCUCCGGCCCGCGCUCUCAGCCCAGUCGUAUUAGCGCGGACGCGAUACGACGCUUCAAGGAGCACGCCGAUGAAACCAACGACGCGUUCCACAUCGCCGCGCAGGUCGUGGCCGGCACGCUGCUGCGCGCUGAGGAGCUGCUCAGCAAUGGCUUUGCACCAGAGGCUGCCGGAAGCAGCAGCGAGCGCAAUUGGGCGGCGCUGCAGAGAGCGUGGCGGCCGUACGCUGCUGCCUGGAAGGCGCACUGGUGGGAGUGCGUGGCCAUCCCCGAUGACGUCACCGACGCGGCCUGUUUCCGCAGCGAUCUGCACGAGCUGGCAGGUGAUUCGCUGGAGCUACUAAAGGAGUUCCUGUAUGAUGAGCGCUUCCCGGCCCUGUUCCACCUGGAUGUCUAUGGCUCCAUCAUGGGCAUCUUCGAGCUCAACAACCUAGGUAUAUAUGUGGCUUCGCCAGUGGAGGACUACUUUGAGCUGUGCCAUGCCGAGGACGGCGGCCUGUCAGAGGAGGAGCAGAAGCUGACGCACCUCAUCACCCGUCCGCUGCUGGACAGCUUGGGGGAGUCCUACGGCGCCGGCUGCGAGGGGAGCGCCUUCUACGCGCUGCAAUCGUGCUGCAACCACAGCUGCGCGCCCAACGCCCACGCCUUCAAGCGCGCGCAUAUCGACACCGACGGCAGCGCCACCAUCCUUGCAAGGAAGCCCAUCGCGCCCGGCGAGGAGGUGUGUUUGUCAUAUAUAGACGAGGAUGCGCCGUACCACGACCGGCGGGCUGCGCUGGCCGACUACGGCUUCACCUGCGAAUGCGACAAGUGUGUAUCUGAGGCUGCAGCGCCUGGAAAGGCCACCGCCUGA